UGAAGACAGCUGCUAAUUCCGCAAUAGAUGAUAAGGGGAACGAAGUUACUAAUGCAGAAGAAUAUGAUAAUAAUGGAGCAGAAGUAGACGAACUAAAAUUUGAUCUAAGUGUUAGAAGUGUCGCUAAAUGUGAUGAAGAAAUAAAUUGUUCAAUAAAAGAAAGAGGAAUUAAAGGAAUAAAUGGGGUAGUAGGAAUACAAAGUGUAGGAAUAAAAAAACAAAGAUCUCUAGAAAUAGUAAAGAAAUAG